AUGGCCCGCCAUGGCAGGCGACCCAUGAUCCAGCGUUUCGACGAGUACUACCGAUGCUACCCCGUCAUCAUGGCGCCUGGCUCCGAACGGCCGGAACUCAACUACGGAUCCAAGGUGAUCCUGCCCCCGUCUGCCCUGGACAAGGUCUCCAAGCUACACGUCCAGUGGCCGCUCUUGAUGGAGCUCAUCAACGGCGAGAAGGGCAAGCAUUCCCACGCCGGCGUGCUCGAGUUCAUCGCCGAAGAGGGACGGGCGUACAUUCCGCAGUGGCAGCUGACAGAUCCCAAGAUGAUGGAGACGCUGGCCAUGGACGUCGGUGACAUGAUCCAGAUCCGGACGACGUCGCUCGAACUUGCCAAGAUGGUCAAGCUGCAACCGCAGUCGGUCGCCUUCCUCGACAUCAGCGACCCCAAGGCCGUUCUCGAGAGAGCCUUCAGGAACUUCGCCACCCUCACCAAGGGCGACGUGUUCAACUUUGAGUACAACGAUGAGAUCUACCACGUCGCCGUUUUGGACGUCAAGCCGGAGACGGACAAGAUGGGCGUUUGCAUGAUCGAGACGGACGUGUCUGUCGAGUUUGCCCCUCCUGUUGGCUACGUUGAGCCCGAGAGGAAGAGCGGUACCAGCACUCCGCGCAGCGCCCGAGCUGGCGUCCCCGCCGGGGGCAUCUUGCACCACCAGGGCACUAUGGCUCAAGCCAUCAACUACAGCGCCAUCGCUCCGUCGGCGACGAGCAACACCACCAACUUCCGUGGCGACGGCCAGCGACUUACCAAGAGGGGGAGCAAGAACCCGACACCGAAGCCCGCGACGCCCGUGCUGGAGGAUUCGUCGGCACUCCCGAAACGGCACGUUGGAACGGCUGCUCCGCUGCGCUUGUCGCCGAACAAACUCUUUUUCGGCUACGAGCUGAAGCCGGUCAAGACGGAUGAGGAUAGGAAGCUGGAAAAGGAAGCGGCGCAGAGGCCUCAUUUUGCUGGUCAAGGACAGAGCCUUCGUGGGACUGUCAAGAGAAAGGGCGAGACGGACGAGAAGUCCAAGGCGCCGGACAAGAAAGGCUCGAGUGAAGGGCAUCGGCUCGACAGCCGUAGUCCGAAAUGA